AUGAAGGUUCUUAGUUGUGGGAGGAAGAGAAAAGUGAUUCUAGAAGCACCACUCUACAAUAAAGAUUGUGUUUUGGGCAACAUUUUAGCUGCUCAUUUCCUUUCUUCAUCUGAUCCUUCCAGAGCUAAUUCCUACGUUGAAACUGCGGCAUCCAAUCUUGAACAAUGUACACCUUAUGAGAAAGCGGUUUACGAGGCUCUUACAUACCUAAUCUCUGAGGACAGGGAUGACGACUUGGCUUUUGAAUUGCACACCAAGCUACUUAAUAGAUUCCCAAAGGAUUUGGCCUCUUUGAAAAGGGCACAGCUUUUAUGUUUCUACAUGGGUCAACCUGAUCCCUUUUUGGGUCUUGUUCAGCAGGUUCUACCUGCGAAUCAAGAAGAAAGUUAUAUUCAUGGUAUACUUGCGUUCCCAUUGUUAGAACUUGGUCGAAUGGAAGAAGCUGUGGCAGCUUCCAAAAAAGGCUAUGAGAUAAACAAAGAAGAGGCCUGGGCACAUCACUGUUUGUGUCAUGUUCUUCAACAUGAGUGUCGGUUUAAAGAAGCAGUGGAGUUCGUGGAACCACUCACAGAAUCUUGGCCAUCUUGCUCUUUCUUCAUGUAUACACACAAUUGGUGGCAUGUUGCUCUUUGUUACUUGGAAGGAGGAUCACCAAUGAGUAAAGUAGAGGAGAUUUAUGAUCAUCACAUUUGGAAAGAAUUGGAGAAAGACGACGCUGUUCCUCCUGAAGUUUAUCUGAAUGCGCUGGGAUUGUUGAUGGUUUUGAAGACCGUCUAA